AAUAUAAGAUCUUUUUGAUGCCUCAUGCCAGGAUGCUUCCAGUACAGCAAUUUAAAAAGCUGUGUUACAUGACAAAUUUCAUUAUGUGGCACUCUCCAUACAAAUUAAAUUUGUUUUAGAUGUCACCCGUAGUGCCAGUUCCUGUGUUUGUACUGGGCCAACAGUUGCUGACAGGUUUCACCACCUCAAAAUGAACUCACAUUCUUCAUGUAAACUAAUCUGGUUUUCCCCAUGGUGAGACGCCAUCAUUCAUAGACACUUUGUUUUGCAUCUCCCUCCCCUGAAGUUCCUCCACUAGCUUCCCAGAUUAGAUUAACAGUGCAUCUCUCAGGCUUCAACAUACGCCAGGCAACAAACACUCACACGCUUGUACAGGGUACUAAUCCCACAUUUAAGUAUUUGCGAAAGGAGAGUAAGAGUUCAAUUUCAGGAGGGAGAUUGUAGAAUUAGAAGUAUGAGUGGCUUUGGAUACUGUAAAGAGCUUGAGAAGGCAAUGGCUGAGAUGGAACCUGAUGUACGUACACCCACUGGACUAAGGCAAGAGGACCAGAUGGCCAAGCAGCCAACAGAUUUUUGCUGUGAUGCUCUGCUGAAGUAUUGGGAAGACGAGACUUACAGAUUGCUAGAGGACAGCAUGGAUGAGAGCCAGACAGAUAAGAGUGAAGAGGAAUGUGGCAAUGAAGACCCUGAGGAUAAUGAAGAGGGGGGAGUGCAACAAAACAAAAGGCUUGGAAAGGUGGGUGAUGGGGAGAAAGAAACAAGGUCAAGCAGACAGAAUUUUAAGGACUUAUCCCAAUCAGAUUGUAAGAGAAAUUGCUACAGUAGUCGGAAACCAAAUGGCAUUAGUAUAGCUGUCCUGCAUCAUGUAGACUCAAACCUGAAUGCUAAGCCAGAGAGGCCAAGUGGUAAUCCCAUUGACAUUGACCAGACCUUGAAGAAAAUCUUGACAAAUGAUCCCUCAGUAAGUUCUGUCAACCUAAACAACACUGAAAACAUCUCCCAAGGGGUUUUGGUGAGCUUUGCUGAUGCCUUAAUCUCAAACACUAACUUUAAGGUCUUCAGCUUUGCCAACACCCAUGCAGAUGACCAAGUAGCUUUGGCCUUGGCCAAAAUGCUUAAGGAGAACUGGAACAUCACCAACCUUAACAUCAAGUCCAACUUUAUUUCAGGCAAAGGCAUCCUGGCCCUGAUUGGGUCUCUUCAAUACAACACACUGGUGGAGCUCCGAUUCCACAACCAGCGGCACAUCUGUGGAGGCCAAGUUGAGAUGGUAACACUUCUGAGGGACAACACCACUCUCUUUCUUUUUUUUCACCCAAUUUGGAAUGCCCAAUUCCCAGUGCGCUUUUAAGUCCUCGUGGUCGCGUACUGAUUCACCUCAAUCCGGGUGGCAGAGGACGAAUCCCAGUUGCCUCCGCGUCUGAGACCAUCAACCCGCGCAUCUUAUCACGUGGCUUGUUGAGCGCGUUGCCACGGAGACAUAGCACGUGUGAGACUUCACGCCGUCCACCAUGGCAUCCGUGCUCAACUCACCACGUGCCCCACCGAGAACGAACCACAUUAUAGCGAACACGAGGAGGUUACCCCAUGUGACACUACCCUCCCUAGCAACCGGCCAAUUUGGUUGCUUAGGAGACCUGGCUAAAGUCACUCAGCACACACUGGGAUUCGAACUAGCGAACUCCAGGGGUGGUAGCCAGCAUAUUUUACCACUGAGCUACCCAGGGCCCCCCAACACCACUCUCUUGAAACUAGGAUACCAGUUUGACUUACCUGGCCCGAGGAUGAGUGCAACCAGUAUCUUAACCUGCAACCAAGACCGUCAGAGGCAAAGCCGGCUACAGCAAAGGAGAGAGCAAGACAAUUUGGAAAGUACUGAACAAGAAGCAAAAACAUUGGACACUAUGGACAACACACAAUCAUCAAAUUUUUAGACUUCAACAGACGAGAAGAGCAUUACGCAGACAAAACUGCACAAUUCUAUCUUGUCUUCUUUACCCCAUCAACUUCACAGUCAACCCAAUGGAGCAAGAAAUGUACCAACUAGAAAGAUUGCUAAGAUGGUCAAACAGCAUGAAGAGACACCAACAGAUAACGUUGUAGGCCAAAGCAAGGUUAACGCAAAUAAAGAAAAUGAACUCACAGGUGACAAACAUGGUGAGAAUAUUCUUCAAGACCACAAAAAUCCCCUAAAAUCAGUAUUUGAAAAAAUGAUCAGAAAAGAUGACAAAGUGUCUGGAAGGUGAUCAGGGGUCAAUGUGUGAUAAUCUAUUGGCAGCCAUUCGUAGAAGCAGCAUUGGUACACUUCGGAGGGUAGACAUUUUACUUGUCCUGGACAUAUUCAAGUAGCCAAGCCUCAAAAAUACAACCCUCAAAUUGACAACUGACUCUAGCAACAUUGCUGGACAGGACAGAACCCCUGAGCACUGAGGGUUCUACUGUACAUGCAACUUUGUUCUGAAGCAAACACACUCUUAUUUGACAGACACUUAAAAUAUCAAACCUCUACAUAUAAUCAUCCUUGAAAAGGCAAAUGUCACUAAUAAGAAUUUAUAACUUUGUAAACUUUGCUUAGGGUAUCUGCCACACAUAUAGGAGCAUAUUCUGUCAAUUUAAGCUGCAAAUCUGGCAUUGAAUAAACUAAUUAAUGUAAAUGCUUGUUAAGAGUCCUUGCACAGUCCAAGUAACCCAUUCUAAGGCAUAUUAGUGAUGUUAGGCCACCCUAAAAAGCAAAUGAUAGAAUGCAGACUUACCCAUCUCAUUAUGCAAACUCUCUAGAGCAGGAGUUCCCAAAAGUUUUUGUCAACUGAAACCAUUGACCUAGAGGGCAGAUAACCAUAAUAUACUAUCCACUUAGCUAUAGCACAAAUUGUCUGAUUAAAUUUGUAAAGAACAUGCUUGUUUUAACAUUAAAUUGACUAAUGAUUCUUUUUGCAAAAGGUUUGCAAAACAUAAUUUUUCCAGAUUGAUCAUCACACAGAACAUUGGUGACAGGAGGUUGAAUGUUUUGUCUGCUAAAAUUGGCCUACGCUUUCCCCCAGUGGCCGAAUUUGGAACUACAGUCGUGUGCAUGGGCAGUGCGCACCUUUGCACGUACAUAAAAGGCAGUGUGUUAGUUUUUCAUUAACCUGAAUAAUAAUUAGAUUGAUAUACUCUCAACACCACACACACAAAAAAAAAAAAGAUUUAGGCAUUUCAAUGUAAUUGAGAAAUCUUUUACAAAAUAAUAAUGAAAAUUUUUUAUAUUUACUUUAGGUAAAAUAUUACACAUUCAGUUUGAUGGUAUUUUGUUUGGAAAUGUAAAUGUGUAAAAAAAAUAGACUUGAAAGAAAAAACUCGGAUCGUUCACACUAAUAUUUGCAAUAGCACCCCUUGUGGCAAUGUUGAGAAUGCAACAUGUACUUCCAUUGUGUUAUGAAUUGCGGUCUGAUGUAUUUUGGAAUGCAACAGAACAAAACAGCAUUCUUUCAUUUACUUCUUUGUAAAUGUAAAAUCAAGUAAGCCAGAGAU